ACACUAAUUUGAGCCUCUGCAAUUGCCAUACCCCAGGAACGCUUUCCUGCUUCCUUGGAAUGCACUUUACGUGCCCACCGACCCUUGAUCAGGCCUUUGGGCUGCUGAUUCUCGGCUGGAGCUUGAAGGACCCCCCCCUCCCAUUGCAAGACAGUAUGGCCCUGGCUGCAGUAUUGGAGGGACAGCUACAACUGAGAGAGGUCUCGGAGAUCCCUUUGCAGGCUAGCACUGUGGACAACUGGAGCCAGAUCCAGAACUUUGAGGCCAAGCCGGAUGAUCUUCUCAUCUGUACCUAUCCUAAAUCAGGCACCACAUGGAUUCAGGAAAUUGUGGACAUGAUUAAGCAGAGUGGAGAUGUGGAGAAAUGUCAGAGAGCCAUCAUUCAACACCACCAUCCUUUCAUUGAGUGGGCUCAGCCGCCCCAGCCCUCUGGGGUUGAAAAAGCCAAAGCAAUACCCUCUUCACGGAUACUAAGGACUCACCUUCCAACUCAGCUGUUACCUCCAUCUUUCUGGGAAAAAAAAAACAGCAAGUUCCUUUAUGUAGCUCGAAAUGUCAAAGACAACAUGGUUUCCUAUUACCAUUUCCAAAGGAUGAAUCAAAUUCUUCCUGACCCUGGUACCUGGGAAGAGUAUUUUGAAACCUUCAUAAGCGGAAAAGGUACUGUGGGGGAUUGGAAAAACCACUUCACUGUGGCUCAGAAUGAGAGAUUUGAUUAAAUCUAUAGGCAAAAGAUGAAAGGAACAUCAAUAAAGUUUUUGACAGAACUCUGAGCAACAUGUUCAUAGAAAGUGGAUGACAAGAAUGGGGAAACGAUCUUCAGUUCUUCAGCCCAGCCCAAAGAAUCUCUGAAAGCAUUUCAUAAAAGUAUACAAUUAUGGCACCACUGUCUUUGUGAUUAUCAACAGUGUGUACCAGCUUUAUUUUUUAGAAGGAUCAUGUUCAGUGCUUAUUUUCUCAACCAUUCUUUCCAAAGUAAGAAAUAAAGUGGCUUAAUAAACAAAAUAAAAUAUAAGACUUGAAUACUGCAA